AUGAAGGUAAAGAUAUUAGACUGCAAGAAACAUGAGCACUCGGCAGGGGAGACGCUGGAGUUUCAGCUGCAUGGGGUGGACAAUUCAUUCGCCAACGGCCUGCGCAGGGUGAUGCUGGCGGAAGUCCCAACACUCGGAAUUGAGUCGGUGACGAUAAUCCAGAACACAUCUGUCCUCCCCGACGAAAUGAUUGCGCAUCGUAUUGGCCUUGUCCCACUCUACUCCAUGAAGGCCAGGCGGAUGCAGUGCGCUCGCGAUUGUCUGUGUGGCGGAAGUGGGUGUGGGGAGUGCCAAAUUACUGGGGAGCUCAAGGUGAGCUGCCCAUCCAACACGCACAGCCUGCAGGUCUUCAUGGACGCCUUGAAGAUCGACGACGAGGAGGUGUACCCUGUGAGCUCCGAGGAGCGUGGCGUGUGGCUGCUCACACUUGGCCGUUCACAGGAGCUGAACCUUCGCGUGGUGAUCCGGAAGAACAUUGCAAAAACACACGCUAAGUUUAUGCCAGUGGCAACUGUGGCAAUGCGCUAUGCGUCUGACAUUGUAUUAAACCCGGACGGUUUUGCAAAGCUAGACACGGAGCAUCGGCGGCAGUGGGUGGAGCGCUGCCCUCGGCAGGUGUUUCGCUACGACGACAGAACAGCUCAAGUGAUACUCGCCGACCCAGAUGCCUGUAUCUUUUGUCGUGAGUGCCUUUCGAAGGAGCCACCCUUUAACAACCUCGCGGAACCUCUUGUCUUUGUGCGCCAUAAGAAGGACAGGCAAGGUUACUAUGACUUUACGUUCACAGUGGAGUCAACGGGGGUGCUGCCGGUGCUGCAGAUCCUGUACGACGCGGUUGAGGUGUUGCGCCGUAAACUUGAGCGGGUGCGGGACGGCCUUCUUGAGGAUCCCAACGCGGAUGAGAUGGUGCAGACGAGAACCAUUGGUGGGGCGCCGACGGCACCUGUGGUGGUGAACGAGGACAUUGUGGAACGGGAGGGGGCGGAGGAUAACCUUACCUUCGUAAUGAACUGA